AUGGCACACAAUCAUAACCCCAGUGGGAAAAAUCAAUAUGAUUUUGUCUCCAAGGCUUCGGAUGCCCACCUCACUGAAGCAUUGCAGCGAUACCAUAAGGAGUUCAUCACAAACCCUGUGGUAAUAAAGGAGCUGCUUGCAGCUGAGCCUGAGCCCAUUCAUAUGAGUGUCCAAACAAUCCGGCAUCGGAGGAAAGAACUAGGUCUUGUAGGAUCUCGUACCACAGCAAAGAAGAUGCACUCCACCCAUGAAACUCAACUCGUGCUAGACCAGAUGGACAAAGAUCCAAACAUGAGGAGAGGAGUCAGAUUGACACAUGCAAAGAUAGCAAUGGAAACAGGAGUCCACCUGAGACAGGAGCAUGUUAGUGAGAUCAUGCAGCAAUUCGAGCUUGAAGGGUUUGAAAAGCGAGAGCCCUGUGGCAAGAAGAUCAGGCGACACCCUAUUAGCGUCGGCCCAGGUGCAGAAUGGAGUGGUGAUGGCCAUGAGAAACUGAAGAAAAUAGGCUUCUCAAUCUAUGGGAUACACGACGUUGCAACAGGGAAAUGGCUGAAACUCAAGUUAUUACCUGAUAACCGCUUGAAGGAGACGAUUGCAUAUGUUUAUCUUGAGUUGGUUGAAGAGCUUGGUGGGAUUCCAGUUCAAUCGACAAUGGACCAUGGAUCAGAGACUACUGUCAGGAACGUGCCAGACAUGUAUCCAGGUGACCUGCAAGGCACGUGA